CCGGGCCUAAAGUAAACCUCCGUGCCGCUCCGCGAUCGUCGUCAUCUCCCUUCUACUUCGCCGUCGGCGAAAAUUUUCUCGUCGCCGUCUUCUUGGUUAAUCCUUCGUCAUCUUCUGUAAUUGAUUCGGAGCCAUGGCUGCUUCACUCUCUAGAAGGCUUCUGCGCUCGUUUGGAUCUAUGGCCGCUUCUGCGGAUUUAUUUACUCGUGUCUCUGGAGAUGUCUUGUCUUCUCUUUCUAGUAAUCUGAAGCAGGCCAGAACGGCAUUACUUACCCACCGAAAGCUCUCUACUUCUGUCUUGACUCCCGAUUCGAGUGAUGGCGCCUUUCCUUCUGAUUUGCUGUCCAAAAAGGCAGUGAUUACUCCAGACCGAACCAUAGGACUCUAUCAGGACUUAGUAAUUCCAGUGACGAAUUUCGAAAACGAGGACAAGGGUUUCAUGGUAUUGUCCGGUGGCGUCUUUGAUGUUCCCAUAAGGAAGGAUAUCAUCCACCAUGUCGUCAGAUGGCAGCUCGCAAAACGCCAACAGGGAACUCAUUCGACGAAAACGAUAAGCGAGGUCAGUGGUACGGGUAGAAAGCCGUGGAACCAGAAGGGGACAGGACGGGCUAGACAUGGUACAUUACGUGGCCCUCAGUUCAGAGGAGGUGCCACAAUGCAUGGUCCAAAGCCGAGAAGCCAUGCAAUAAAGUUGAAUAAGAAAGUGAGACGGCUUGGCCUGAAGAUAGCAUUGACUGCUCGGGCUGCCGAAGGAAAGCUUAUAGUAUUCGACGAUUUGGGAGUGCCAACGCAUAAAACGAAGAACAUUGUGAAGUAUUACAAUCAAAUGGAGAAAACGAAAAAGCUCCUCCUUGUAGAUGGAGCUUCCAUUGAUGAAAAGCUGAAGCUCGCCACCCAGAAUCUUCACUACGUCAACAUUCUUCCUUCCAUUGGCCUUAACGUUUACAGCAUUCUUCUUCACGAUACGCUUGUUAUGUCUCGUGACGCUGUGAACAGAAUCGUUGAACGUAUGAACACUCCAAUCAACCGCUGAGCCAACAACUCCUUUUUUUUUCCCCCCUUAACCGGAGCAGGAAAAUCCGGUUUACGCACUCUAAUAAGAGAGGGUAAUAUUCCAAGGAUUCAUUAUAAACCGGUUCCGGUUAUCAAUGUACCGGAAUUCUCCUUUCUGGUUAUUUUCUUUUGGAAUUGUUCUUCAGCUAGUUGUUUUCCUACUCUUUUGUAUUCGUUUUUUUUUUCAUUUCUGAUAUUACAUUAACUAAAGAAUUAAUUUUUCUUCUUUUUUUUUCUA